UUCGAAACAGCAAAACGGUACCCGGUCGCGUGGACAUGUUCUACAAACGGAGCCAUGACCACAAAUGGAAGCACAACAAGAGCGGCAUGUUCCGCACAGACGACCAGGGCCGACCGGUUAGACCAACAGGAAAACCAAAGCUCUUACUGCCGGUCUUCGAGACGAGACAGAUCAACAUCAACAACCUGGCAACACAGAAGCUCCCGAAGUGGACGCCAUACCUAGAGUCUCCGGUAGAAACAACUCAGUGGAAUGAAUUUUUCCAAGCCUUGAAGACCGCGUCCACAAGUAGACCUGAUCGCAUACGUUAUGCGUUAGGAGAUAGGGCAGGGUGGACACUGGACCGGCUGGCGCCAUGUGACCCGACGGAGCUGGCUAAUCGGGAAGGAGACGAGGCAGCCAUCCCUGAUGAGCUGGAUCGCUUGUUGGCAGAGGAGAUGGAAAGUACCGAGAUUGUCGUUCGAGGAACAGCAUUCGGGGCGAGGGGACGAGGAGAAAGAAGAGGACGUCCGCGUGGGGCCCGUGGAGGUGGGAGAGGAUGUCCGCGUGGGGCCCGUGGAGGUGGGAGAGGACGUCCGCGUGGGGCCCGGGGAGGUGGGAGAGGCCGCGGGCGCUGCUAGAGCUAUCUACAUCAUCUUUAUCAUUUGAUCUUUUCCCUGUUUUUCUUAGCUGUUAAAUGUAGUGAUUUCAGAUAUGUAAGUUGUUUCGAUAUUACACAGCAUUAAUAGCAUUAGGAAAAGUGGCACACUACACUGAAUAAGUCAAUGUUGUACGUUCAUGGACACUAGACACGCGUAUUGGGUGGAUGAAGAAAGUUCUAUUUCCCGCAAGGAGAUCCCGCACAGAAAUCCAAAUAGAACAUGCAAAUAUCAUUUUAGAAAACAUUUCUUGAAACACCCACUGCCAUCAUCGUACUACGAUGUAAUGUAAAAUUUGUGUUCAUCUCUAACGUUUUGAGAUGUCACAAGAGGUAUGUUAUAUAUGAAAGGUAAAACAUAGCGUAGCAUAGCUUUCCUGUUAUUCUCUGAUCCAACUUCGUGCAUGUAGCCUCAGUGGGCAUGCGGGUACAAUAAACUUCAUCGUCAUGGACUAUAACUCUAGAAUAUUGAUUAUCUUUACACAUAGAUGGAAACUACCAUGUACUACUAUGUACCACACUUAAUGAACAAAGUAUUGUACGAAAAGCGGCAUAGGGUGGUCAUUUUACCACACUUGUUUCACUAAAAACUUUUAAUCUGUUCUGUUUUCCUUUUGGUAGGCAUCAGAAUCAAGAACAUGUUUUGGUCAUUUGCAUGGAACUGAUUAUGCUAGAAUGGAUAGAAAAAUCAUACUGUUAAUGUUGACAUUAUUUGUAGAAUUAUAUCAGUUGAAUACAAAACUAUAACCUUUUAUCGGACUGUUGAUUUUUGAAAUAAAAAGUUAUUGCACCAUGUAACUCCCAUUCUUUUAUAGAGAGUCGCUUUUAGGAGGCUUUCAGCCGCGCUGACGAGGCUGCUAGUCGCGCUCGGGCAGGUGGUUUUUAACCGCGCAUAGACA